GAUAGCGGGUCGAAGGGGCUGGAUGCCUUCUUCACAGAGGGCCGAAAAGCUCAAAGUAAUGAGAUAAAAAAUAAAUAAAACAACCAAGGACUAAAGUUUCUGAAAGAUUAUAUCAAGAAAGUUCGGAGAUGGAAGUACAACAAGAAGUUAAAGUUUGCGAGAAGUGUGAAGAAGCAGAGUGCUGAACACAAUUUUAGCUGCGCUCCUCCGAAUCACACGACGAGUUUUUUUUUUUUUUUUAAAUCGAGUCGAGACUUUCGACUUGCUGGGGUUUUAACAAGUAUUUUUUUGCAGUCGAUAAAAAAGGAGUUGUCCGCGCGCCGCCUUGGGGACCCGCCGCCGCCGGUCCUAGAGUCUAAGUGUGACAUGUUGUUGUUGUUGUUGUUGUGAGGGCGCGAGUGUGUCCGUGUGCGUGUCCGUGUCGUGUGUGCGCGUCGAGAGGUGAGGCGAUGUGUGUGUCACCUGCUCUCCGCCUCCCCUCAGCAUGAGGGCGCUCACUGUGCUGUGCGUGGCCGCCGCUCUGGGCACGGCGCUCCGCGCGCACCGGGACUGUCCGCACCUCAUGAUUGACAGCUGUCAGUGCCGCUCGGAGCGCUCCAAGGAGCCCGUGCGACACACGGUGCGCGUGCGAGUGACGUGUGGCGGAGCGGAGCUCAUGGAUACGCUGCAGCCCGGCGCUCUGCCCAACAGGACGGUCGCUCUGAUUCUCAGUAACAACAAGAUCUCUCUGCUGAAAAAUGAUUCAUUCUUCGGCCUUUCGUCUCUAGAGAGACUAGAUUUGAAGAAUAAUUUAAUUAGCACCAUAGAGCCUGGGGCCUUCCGCGGACUUUCAGCGCUGCAGAGACUGGACCUUUCCAACAACAGGAUUGGUUGCCUCUCUCCAGAAAUGUUCACUGACCUCGGAAAUCUCUUGAAACUGAAUUUAUCAGGGAAUAUUUUCUCCUCCCUACCAGAUGGACUGUUUGCUCACCUCAAGUCCUUGAAAAUCUUGCACUUUGCUUCGGAGUAUCUGUUCUGUGACUGUCAGCUGGUAUGGCUGAUCCGGUGGGCACGGGGGAACGCAGUCCACAUCGGCAAUGGCACGCACUGCGUGUACCCCACGCAGCUCCAUGGGCUUGAGUUCCGUGGUCUGCGAGAGAACCAGCUCAAGUGCGCUGGACCCCUGGAGCUGCCACUGUUCCAGCUCAUCCCGUCCCAGAGGCAAGUGGUGUUCCGGGGCGACCGUAUGCCACUGCAGUGCACCGCCUCAUACCUGGACCACUCCGUAACACUGCAGUGGAGCCACAACGGGCGGGCCGUGAGGACCCAUGAGGAAAGCGGGGUCUUGGUGGAGGACAGCAUCAUUCACGACUGCUGCUUGGUGACCAGUGAGCUGAUCCUUACCAACAUCGAUAUGAGUGCAUCGGGCAACUGGGCGUGCCUGCUGACCAGUUCCCGUGGAAACAGCUCAAGAAGCAUGGAGAUUGUAGUACUUGAGACGUCAGCACCCUACUGCCCUGCGUCAAGGGUCACCAACAACAAGGGUGACUUCAGGUGGCCAAAGACACUGGCAGGGAUCAUGGCCUUCUUGCCCUGCACACUGCACCCGCACUACUCUCCAGUUCGCCAGAAGAAGGCAUGGCGGCGCUGUGACCAGGCAGGUCGGUGGGCGGAGGAGGACUACACCCAAUGCCCUUACACCAGCGAAGUCACUCAUGUACUAUAUGAGCUGAGCCAGAUGGCCAUAAAUGCCACCAAUGCGCAGACUCUGGCCCAGCAGCUGUCAUCCUUCACCAGCAGGGCGUCAGACUUCACUGACAUGAUGGACGUCAUCUUCGUGACACACAUCAUGGAGAAGCUCAUGCGCUAUGUGGACCGAAUCCAAGAUCUUGGGGACUACGUAUCAGACAUCGCGAGCAACAUGAUGCAGGUGGAGGAGCAUGUUCUUUGGAUGGCGCAGAGCGAGGCCAGGGCCUGUACACGCAUGGUGCAGUGUGUGGAGCGCAUCGCUGACCUGGCCCUCACCAGCCACACACAGGCCAUAUCAAAGGUCUCCCCCAACAUUGCCCUGAAGGCCUUCACAAUCAAGCCGUCAAGCUUCACGGGAUUGUCUUGCACCGCGGUCCAGCGGGCAACCCCCACCCCUGAAGGGGGUAAGCUAAGCCAGGGAGGGGCUCCUGGGAGCAUGGAGCGCCGCGGGGAGUCGCUGCUCCAUCUCAAGUGCAACACAGCCAACCUCAGUAGACCCCUGGAGGGCCUCCAUGGAAAGAACACGGUGGCGGUCGCCUCUAUCCAGCUCCCCCUGCCUGCUGCUCUGAGCCCCCCUGCGUUGCAAUCUGUUGAUAACUCCACUUGCAAGCUGCAGUUUAUUGUCUUUCGAAAUGGGAAACUCUUUCCUUGCACUGGGAAUUCGUCAAAUCUUGCAGAUGAUGGGAAACGUAGGAGUGUUUCCACACCAGUUGCUUUCACAAAAUUAGAUGGGUGCCGCCUCGGGAGCCUCUCCCAGUCCAUCACCAUCGCUCUGAGGCACUUCGCGCUGGGUGUGGACCCCGCCGCAGCCCACUGGGAUUUUGACCUUCUGGAUGGACACGGGGGCUGGAGGGCAGAGAGCUGCCACAUAACGGGCUCCGCGCGCGACGCCACCACCAUCCAGUGCACGCGCCACAGCAACUUCGCAGUGCUGAUGGAUCUGAAGAAGGUGCUGUCUUUCCCCCCCUACCCCGGGGAAUUUCUGCACCCGGUUGUGUACGCCUGCACGGCUGUCAUGUUGUUGUGCCUGUUCGCAUCCAUCAUCACCUACAUCGUGCACCACAGCACAAUCCGGAUUAGCAGAAAGGGGUGGCAUAUGCUCCUCAACUUUUGUUUCCAUACGGCCCUGACCUUUGCCGUGUUUGCCGGGGGCAUCAAUCGAAUCAAAUAUCCAAUCAUCUGUCAAGCGGUGGGCAUAGUGCUGCACUACUCCUCGCUCUCCACGAUGUUGUGGUUGGGCGUCUCUGCGAGGAACAUCUACAAACAGGUGGCCAAGGUGCCCCAACAGGCACAGGAUGGAGACCCGCCCCAAAACCCCAGGCAGCCCAUGCUCAGAUUUUAUUUAGUCAGUGGAGGAGUGCCCUUCAUCAUCUGUGGAAUCACGGCGGCCAUUAAUAUCGACAACUACGGCAGCGGCGAGGAGGCGCCUUACUGCUGGAUGGCGUGGGAGCCGAGCCUGGGCGCAUUCUACGGUCCUGUGGCCUUCAUCGUCCUGGUGACCUGCGUCUACUUCCUGUGCACCUUCGUCCAACUGAAGCGGCACCCUGAGCGCAAGUACGAGCUGCGCGCCAUGACGGAGGAGCAGCAGAGGCUGGCCACAGCGGAGGUGGGGCACUGCCAUGCGGGCGAGCCGGGAUCCCACGCCCACGCCUGCACCGCCAUCAACGCCUCCAUGCUGGCCAACGAGCACUCUUUCAAGGCUCAGCUACGUGCCGCCGCCUUCACCCUCUUCCUCUUCCUGGCCACCUGGACCUUCGGCGCCCUGGCCGUGUCACAGGGCCACUUCCUGGACAUGAUCUUCAGCUGCCUGUACGGCGCCUUUUCCGUCACCCUCGGCCUCUUUGUGCUGAUCCAUCACUGCGCCAAGCGCGAUGACGUCUGGCAUUGCUGGUGCUCCUGCUGCCCUUCGCGGCGAGGCGCCAAUGCCUGUGGCAGUCUGGGCCAUGCCCGUUCCAAGGUCAACGUCAACGGGGACGCCCAGGCGCACAUGCGCUGCCACCUGGACCAGCCCUGUCCGGGCCAUGGCCACAGCCACGCUCACGCCGCCUCGCCCCACUGCAAGCUGACCAACCUACAGGCCAUGCAGAACCAUGUGGCCUGUCUGUCCCCCGUGGCACCGUGCUGCGCCGCCCUGCGCGGCCAGCAACUGGCCGAGGACGAUCCGCACGCACGCCUGCACCGCUGCCUCAAGAGCAGGACUAAGGGGCGCCCCCUGGGCCGCCCCCGGCACGGCGCGACCGAGCGCGAUUUCGCCUACCACAUCCCGUCCAGCGUGGAUGGAGGCAGCGUGCGCAGCUCGCACACGGACAGCCCGCACAGCACGCACGAACACCUCGCCUGCCACGCCGCCUGCCACCGUCACGUGUGCUGCGCCACGCCGGAGCUCUUCCCCACCGUCUGCCAGCCCGAGGGCGGCGACGCCCCCGCGGCCAUCUGCAGCUGCGGCAAGAUGGCCGACGAGGACCUCGUGCACCGCGCCCACCUAGAGAUGCACCCGCGCAGACAAUCGUACCCACAGAACCCGCCCAGUCAGAACGGGAUUCUCAAAGGCAGCUUGCACGAGGGCUUCCUGUACAGCUCAGACAGUACAGGCAAUAUACGGACUGGGCCUUGGAGGAACGAAACUACUGUGUAGUCUUGCAGGCUCGGAGCCUUUCCUUUCUUCUCCCCGGUCCUGAUUAGGGAAGAGUAAAGAAAAAAAAAAAACAAAAAAUUGCAUUAUAGUGCAUUUGCUUUUUAUAUUAUGUUCUUUGUCUGUCAAAAUAUUUUUACGUCACAAAUAGUUUUGCAUCUUCUGUUUCACUGUGUUUACUAGCGGUUCGGCGUGGUGGGGAAGGGAUGCCAUUUUUCUGUUGAAAUCGUUCAAAAAGACAGAAGGCACACGGAGAGGCCGAAUCCUUUCCGUCUGAGUGUUUUUACCAUAGUGUAAGCGAAGGUGUUUGUGCGCAGACGAGAGCAUGCGUGUGUGUGUGUGCGUGUGCGUGUGCGUGCGCGUGCGCGUGUGCGUGUAAAUUAUUUGACAUGAAAAAAAGGAACUAUUUAAAGGUCUCGUUUUCUCCCGAGAGAAGUCGACUAACCUGGCCCCCGGUCGGUGUCACUUCGUUUCUCAUGUGUAGCUGCAGUGUUCGUGUGUAAGACAAAACGCACCAGCAGUCCAGAGUCAGUGUGUGUUUUCACUAUUCAAAAUGAGCGUUGCGUAUACUGUGAACAGCAACUAGAUAUACCUUUAGUAAAUAUCCUGAAACCAAUACGCUUUCAUAGAAGAUGUGUGGUGGCCAAUUAGGUGCGCAAGUGAAAAGGAGCCCGAGAAGCUGCCACUUCGCUUGCUCUGAUACAGGUUAGUACUCAGUUAUCCUGUCUGUGUGAUGUCCUUAUAUCUUCCUGCGGGGGACAUGUGUUUGUUGACGUCACCGUAAGCCCAGGUGCUUGAAUGGCGGUACUUUGCAUGAUGACCGUCGGGGGCCUGCUCUUUCAUCGUGUGUCGUGCGAGUGUCGCCGUGACAACCAGGAUCCUCACCCCGUGCGGUGAACAGACCUGCAUAGCCCCAGCCUGUCAGCAGCUCUUUGACACGGCACUGUGUAAACAAUUCCAACCUGCAGAGGAGGAGCUCUGCUAGAAGCCAGGAAGCCUUUAACUGUUCAUUUAUUUAUUAUUACAGAUUUUUUUUGAGUACCAGCGCAUGCAGUGCUUGUCGUAUGUAAAUAUGUGCAGUGUGUUUUGCAGUCGCGGCCAGUUAAAUGCAAGCCCCACCCUACUUAUGUCUUUGGAGCAAAAAAAAAAGAAAGAAGAAAGAUGCCUAUGCUGAUUUCAGUAAAUCCAAACUCGAUCUGUUUCUUUUUUAAUUCAUUUCCGCCUUCACAGCGUUACUGAAGCAGGGCAUUGUCUUACUUUGAAAGCCAUUGUGUUGGGAGAGAGACAGAUUCGGUGCGAGUGUGUGUGUGUGUGUGUGUGUGUGUGUGUGUGUGUG